UUGGCCCCGUAGCGCGCGGCUGGGAGACUACGGCCACCGUGCUUACACACCCCACAGAGCUUAUUCGUCUUCCGACUAUCAUUGCUUUUUUCUUCGCAUUUCGUAGGAGGAGGCCAUUGUUUGCUACGAUUGCAUGUUCAGGAAGCUCCGCUAGCUCCCAGCUCGCGUAGUACAAGGGAACACAGGACUCAUCCAACACCGUCAACAGCUUGUCUCUCAGUCUGGCGUCAGGCCCGUACACCGGCCGAGUCUGAAUCAUGGCAACGGACUUGUUCGACUACUUCGACUCAGUGGAAGAGUAUGAGCAUUAUCUGCAGAUUGUUCAAAGCCCAAACUGGCAGACAGAGCUACUCCUGACUCGGGAGCUCCAGGAUAGCAUCAAGUACGACGACCCCUCCGUCUUCAAGCGUCUCCGUAUAGACGAAGAAGACGAGGCUACCGUCGAGCGCUGUCAUGAACGCUAUCAAGCGGAACAGGCAGAGAACAUCGACACUCUUCUCCGUGUCGUUGCUACAGCUGAGGAGGAGCUACGCGCCGUUGACCGGGAUUUUUUCGAUGAAGUGGCGUUGAGGGCAAUCCGCAGAAGGCUGGAACGCGUCGAUUUUCAGAAGUAUAUGUGCGAGCAGUUGCAAAGAAUUUUGACGUUCUUGACGGACUCUGGGGAUGACACUUCAAGAGCACUACGCGAGUUCCAGCGCGCGGUUGACCUUCCGUCCUCCUGGCCUCCAGUUCGCGCGGCCGGAGCCUGUACGCCCGGAAACACCAAUAUCUGUCCUGACUUCACCCUCACCGAUAGAAAUGAAGACCGCCCAAUCUGGGGCUGCUGCGCUGGGUUCGCCAAGGUGAAGGUUUUUAUGGACGAAGACAUUGUUCCCGCGAAUGACAGCACGCCGACUGCGGCACCAGCUAUCCUCGAGUGUGCGGACUACGCUCGCUACCACAUGUCUCUGCGGCCGUUCUGGAACUUCAGUAUCACCCUCCUUAUAUCUGGCACCGUCUUCCGAGUCAUGAUCGCCGAUCGUAGCGGCGUCAUCUUCUCCCCUGCUCGCAGCAUCGUCGACGAUGCUGCGACGACGUUCGUACGCGUCGUGCGCGCUCUCACGCGGCACCUGACGGAGUAUCAGCUGGGGCAAGACCCGUCCGUGGUGCCACUGUCUCGCGGCGACCUGAGGCUGUGCUUGCAACUGUCCUCUCGUCCGGAGUACUACCCGUCCUAUCGUAUCAGCCACAUCGGGGACGACGCUCGCCAGUGGUGUACAGUAGGGCCGCCGAUCUGGACCUCCCUCUCCCUCGUUGGCCGAGGCACGGUGGUAUGGAAAGUGCUCGAGCUGACCGAGUCGGGGAGAGGGUUCGCUCUCAAGGGCGACUUCCACCUCCUGAGGUCAUACUGGCGCAAUCCCCUCAGUCUGUCUGAGACAGAAGUAUACGCGCUGAUUGACCAACUUGAGGGUUGCCCGCGCGGUAUCCCCAGAUUGCUAUGUGGCGGCGACGUCUGCUGUCAUGAUGCGGACCCGCAGACGUGGUCUAAGGUUACCGUUGCACGGAUCCGCGGUGAGAUCGAGUGUCCCCGGGUGCAUCCGUCCAAGACCUUGCAUCGUACCGUUAUCCCGAGGGUCGCAGAGCCGCUGUGGAAGUAUAGGGACGAACUUGAGCUACUCUGUGCAGUUUACUCGAUUGUCGAAGCACAUCAGUAUAUCUGCGAACAUGGGAUACUCCACGGCAAUGUCAAUCCGGGGACCAUGUUGCUCUGGCGUGAUGAACCGGCAAUUCCGGCCGGCUCGAAUGAUUGGCCAAUUAGAGGGUUUCUGGCCGACUUUGGCAUGGCUGAGAUAGAUGGCUCAAUGCUUGGAAUAUCAGAUGCAUGCAUGCAAGCAGCCAAUGGUAUAUCCUCUAGACCAAUUGAUAGUGUGCCUGCAAUGGAUGCACUACAAUUCACUGCCUUGGAAUUGCUCAGAGCAGUGAAUGCUGAAUGGUUGAUUCCUCACACAGCUGCUCAUGACCUUGAGUCUAUUGCAUAUGUAUUGGGGCACACUGUCUGGCAACACCUGGUUGACACUCCAGGCUGUCCAGUGUCUCUGAAGGAGGGUCUCCAGACAUGCUUUGGCGAAACAACAGUUCAGGGUAUCAUUGCCCAGCGCACCAAUAUUCAACCCCUUUAUUGGGUGUACAUGCAUGAUACUGAUAAGCAAAGUCUCUUGUUCACAGCUGAACAUGUGUCCAUGGCUCUUGCAGAUGUCCUGAAUGGAUUAGGAGAGGAACUGGAAAAAGUCAAGACUGCAAACAAAAAGAAGAGGCAUCAUGAAGCACUUGUAGCCAUGUAUGGUGAUUCAAAUAUGGAUGAUGAAUUACCUCAUCAAGACACAUUCCCUCACAAGACCUUCCUCAAUAUCUUGAAGAAAGGUAUCUCAACAUUGGAGCACCAUCCAGAGAUGAUGAAGGGGUCCUCAAAGUAGGAUGAUCAUUGGCUUGUAGUCCUGUAUAUAAGUGAGGGCAGAAAUGAUCUGUUGUUUGAACAGCUA